AUGCGAAAAACAUAUAAAACAUACCGGAACCCCAUAUAUUCCACUAAUCGGAACCCCAGUCAUACCGAACCCUCCAGCUAUGAUCCCGGUCCCCCAGCCAUAUCAGACGCCCCAGACAAUGCCGGUUCCCCAGUCAUAACGGACCCCCAUUUCAUAUUAGGAACCUCCCCAGACAGUAUCGGGAAGCCCCUAGUCUAUAUCGGAACAAUUGGGAUCGCGCCAGCCCAUAACGGACCACCAGAAGCACCGGAACCCCCAGACACGGCCGGACCCCCCAGACACAGGGAUACCGGAUCCCCAGCCCAUACCGAACCCGCCAGACACACGAAAGACCCCAGAUACACCGGACACCCAGACAACACGGCGGACCCCCAGACACACCGGACCCCCAGACACACCGGAUCCCCCAACACACCGGAAACCCCAGAACACACCGGAACCCCAGACACACGGCCGCCCAGACACAAGGGCCGGACGCCCCAGACACUACCGGACCCAGACACGCCGGACCGCCGUUCACAUAACAGACCCACAGCCCAUACCGGACUCCCAGACACACCGGAACCCCAGACACACCGGAACCCAGAGACAACCGGACCCCCAGACACAACCGGAACCACCCAGACACAGCCGGACCCCCAGACAUACCGGACCCCAGACAACGCCGGACACCGCGUUUUCAUAACAGACCCAGACAACACCGACCCCCAAGCCCAUCACCGGACUCCCAACAUACGACUCCCAGACACACCGGAACCGCCAGACCACACCGGACCCCCAGAACACCAGACUCCAGACACACCGGCACCCAGAGCACCACCCGGCCAGACACACACCGGACCCAGCCGCGUUACUGCACCAUCCAUAUCUCUAAAGCCGCUGUCGAUGACGUCUGCGCCCGCUCCCUUCAGCGCGGCUCUCGCUCGUUCACUCUCCUACUCUCCUGCCAUACGCUGCCUACACUCUACGUCCUCAUCUCCAAUCCUCCUACCCCUCGAUCCUCCAGAAUAUGUCCUACUCCUGCACACGCUCGUCGACACUACUCCAUGA